AUGAGAAGAAAAUAUCAAGGUUCAACAAAGGUUAAACGUGCUCAGCUUCAAGCCUUACGCAGAGAAUUCAAAAUCUUGACCAUGAAAGACAAUGAAUCACUAAGUGAUUACUUUUCAAGAACUUUAACUAUUGCCAAUAAAAUGACUUCACAUGGUGAAACCAUGAAUCAAAUUAAAGUUGCUGAAAAUGUUUUAAGAUCCAUGACUUCCAAGUUCAACUAUGUUGUGUGUUCCAUAGAAGAGUCAAAUGAUGUAACUACCCUUACAAUUGAUGAAUUGCAAAGUAGUUUACUGGUUCAUGAACAAAGGAUGAAAACCACACAAGAUAAACAUGAAGAACAAGCCUUGAAAGUGUCUUAUGGCUGA